AGCGCAAGGCUUCCAGAGAAGUCCAGAAGCAGAGCUCUACCAGACGACUGUCUCCACAUGUUUCGUUCCAUUUCCAGAAUCCUCGGCUCUCCCUUUUAAAUAUGAAUCAAAUCCCAUCUCUGGUUGUACCAUUAGAUAUCAAUUCUUUUAUCAACAAUUAAAAUCCUAAUAUCCCGUCUCGGAAAAUUCAGAGAAAGUAGUUAAAACAUGUCUCAAUCUCUGUCGAACACUGGGGUGGUCUCUGUUUCUGCAUCUUCCCAGAGAACCAGCGUGACUUCCCAUCCACUGUGUUCGAGAUUUUCCCUCCCGUUCAAGCUCAACCCGAUCCGCAGGGGUAGCUGCGACAAGAACGGCAGCAUCAGAGCCAUGGGAGUGGAGCAGGGCAGAGACGAUCUCGAUCACUUGCAGAGACCCAGCAAGCAACAAUCCCAACCCAAAAGGAGAGUCGCCCAAGUCGCACCAGUCGGGCUCUGGGACAGGUUCCCUACGGCUAGGACAGUGCAGCAGAUGAUGGAGACGAUGGAGAGGAUGAUGGAUGACCCUUUUGCGUACGGCGGCGGGUGGGCGUCGCCUGCCUCCGCGGCGGCGACGGAGGGAGGUGGGUACGGCAGGGGAAGGACGCCAUGGGAGAUAAAGGAAAGGGAAGAGGAGUACAAGAUGAGGUUCGACAUGCCCGGGAUGACGAAGGAGGACCUGAAGGUUUGGGUUGAAGAGAAGAUGCUGGUGGUGAAGGCCGAGAAGGUGCCCAAGAAGAAGAAGAAGAACGGAGAGGAGGAAGAGGAAGAGGAAGAAGAAGAAACAGAAACAGAGUGGUCGGCGAAGAGCUACGGGAGAUACAGCAGCAGAAUAGCGUUGCCGGAGAAUGUGCAGUUCGAGAAGAUAAAGGCAGAGGUGAAGGAUGGAGUGCUGUACAUUUCGAUCCCGAAGGCCGAUCCGUCCGGCAAGAUCUUGGACAUUCGUGUGCAAUGAGUUCUCUGUUCUUAUUUUCUUGGGGAUUUUGAAUUUUGUUCCUAUUUUUAUGGUUGAAUUUGGGUUUUGGUGAAAUGUUGAGGGAAGAUGGUGAUCCAAAAAGUUUGGGUCAACUGCUCCUCUUUUUGUUGAUGAAAUCACUGUGCAGCAUAGAUGAGAUGAGAUGAAAUUUCUUGCUCC